AUGGGUGCAGACAAGAAUAAAGACGCCGCGGCAACUCGGCUCGACUCGCUCUCCAACCACCUGCAGGAUGAGUCGGCAGCAAGCAAAGCAAGCACAGUGGCACGCGAGCUCGAGGAGGCCUUGGCAGCAGCCGUCGAGGCCGGGAAGAUACCUCACGCGGUAGUCUUCGCUACGAACACAGAUGGCAUCCAUGCAAGUGGCCUGCACAAGUACACUCAAGACAAGGAGCCUAUCACGGAAGACGCGCUUUUCAUGCUCGCAUCACAGACGAAGCUUCUGACUGCCAUCUGUGCGCUGAAAGUAGUCGAGCAAGGCUUGAUCGGUUUGGACGACGACGUCAGCCCACACCUAGCUGAGCUCGCUGCGCGUCCCAUCCUUACCGGGUUUGACGAUGAGAAGAAGAGUCCCUUGUGUGAACAACGCAAGAAUCCCAUCACGUUGAGACAGCUGCUCUCACAUACCUCUGGCUCCGGAUAUCCUUUUACCCCCGAAUUGAUCAAGUAUCUGACCCUGAAAGGCUGGACACCUGACAGUCCCAAUGCCGCGACCAUCGUCGAGCGUUAUGACUUCCCCCUCAGCUUCGAGCCCGGAACGAGCUGGGGAUACGGGCCGGGAAUCGACUGGGCGGGGCUUCUCGUCGAACGCCUGUCCAAGCUGACGCUGGAGGAGUUUAUGAAAAAACACAUCUUCCAACCCCUCGGCAUCACCGGCAUCAGCUUCUGGCCGGAAACCCUCGGCACAGCCAAGGAGAGAAUCCCGGAACUCGUCGUCCGCCGCGCCGACGGCACCUUCGGACCCAACACCAAGAAGACCCUGAACACCAACUCCACCGACUGCUUCGGCGGCCACGGCGCCUACGCCCAGCUCGGCGACUACCUCAAAGUCCAACGCAGCUUACUGGCCAACGACGGCGUGCUCCUGAAGCCCGCGAGCGUCGACGAGCUCUUCCGGCCCCAGCUCUCGGCGAAGCCGCUGGCCGCGCUGAAUUUCUUCCGCAAACAUCUGAGCACGUCGCUGGUCGGCGGUAUCAACCAGGACAUCGAGGUCAGCUACGGUCUGGGCGGGAUGGUGUUCCUGGCGGAUGACGUGGGACGGCGUCGCAAGGGCACGCUGUCGUGGGGUGGCAUGGUCAAUCCCUUCUGGAUCAUCGAUCGUGAGGCUGGACUCGCUUUGACGGUGGGCUUCCAGGUCUUGCCGACGGGUGAUGCGGGAGUCAAGGAGAUGACUAGCGUGGCGGAGAGGGCGGUCUAUAAGAUGGCUGGGUUGGCGUGA